UCCCGCCCCUCGCCGGGGCGGUGACGGGCGCCAUCUUGGCUGAGGGCAAGCGCGGCUUCGCGUCGGCUUCAGCCCGGCAGGGAGCGCCGGGCGCGGCCGCCAUCUUGGCUGAGGGCACGGCCUCGCCGGGGCAGAGGGAGAAGAGAAUUCCACAAAAAUUCCACGGAGGAGCGGCCGGAGACCCGCGCGGCCAUGGGGAGGAUCGGGCUGCAGCUCCGCGCCACGCUGGAGAACAUCACCCGGCUGCGGGCCGAGGGCGAGGACUUCCGAUGCUGAAAUGUGCGAAUUGCGGCGAAGUCUCUGAGAAGUGGCAGUACCUCCGGCUGAUGGACAGUGCUCCCCUGAAGGGCGGCCGAGGCAGCGCCACGAUGGUGCAGAAGUGCAAGCUGUGCUCCAGGGAGAACUCCAUCGAUAUUUUAAGUCAGACAAUCAAGCCUUACAAUGCUGAAGACAGUGAGAAAUUCAAGACAAUAGUAGAGUUUGAAUGCCGAGGUCUGGAACCGGUUGACUUUCAACCACAGGCAGGGUUUGCUGCUGAAGGUGCAGAAUCUGGCACACCUUUCAAUGACAUAAACCUGUUGGAAAAGGAUUGGAACGACUAUGAUGAAAAAACAAAGGAAUCUGUUGGGAUCUAUGAAGUUACCCACAAAUUUGUAAAAUGCUGAAGUUCACAGCCCUAAUAAAUCUUGACAUGCUUAUUGAUGGAGGAGCUGUAUCCAUCAGAUAAAAAAAGGAACUCCAAGGAAACUUUGUAUCUGGCUGCACUUCAGAAAUGGAAACCUAAUUUCAUAGAAUCAUUAAGGUUGGAAAAGACCUCCAAGAUCACCAAGUCUGACCUUUGGCCAACAUCACUAAGUUGUAUUUACUGUCCCCAGCAUUCUCUAAUAAAAUAUUUUCCAGAGAGCA